UUUUCUAUCUCUUCCCCCAGAAAUAAAAAUGACCACACCCCCUUAAAAUCAAAUCCGAACCUCGCCGGAAGUUUUUCUCACCUUUUCCGAUGGCCGUUCUCUUACACUCAAUCUCUGGAUUUUUCCAUGCCAAUUCGCCGACCAAGUUUCAAUCGAUCACAAAUACUAAUACGAUUAGUCCCGAUCCUAACGGACUUCCGAAAGCUAGAAACAACAGAAGAAGAAUUAGGGUUAAGGUUUGCUCGAGGAUCAAGGAUUUGGAGCCCUGGGUUUUAACUGAUGUUAAAGGGACGCGUAAUUCAGCGGCGACGUCGGUGAAGCCGAGUAAAGAGGAUGAGGAGAAGCAGAAUUAUUAUGUGAACACUGGACAUGCGAUUCGUACGCUUCGAGAGGAAUUCCCGGAGUUGUUUUAUAGAGAGCUCAGUUUUGAUAUAUACAGGGACGAUAUCGUCUUUAAAGACCCACUGAACACGUUUUUUGGAAUAAAAAACUACAAAUCAAUAUUUUGGGCAUUAAGAUUGAAUGGGAAGAUCUUGUUCAAAGCGUUAUGGGUUGACAUAAUAAGUGUAUGGCAACCAGUGGAAAGCACAAUCAUGAUUAGGUGGACAGUUUACGGGGUCCCGCGGGUCCCAUGGGAGAAGCGUGGAAGAUUUGAUGGUACCUCAGAGUACAAGCUGGAUAAGCACGGUAAGAUUUAUGAACAUCGUGUCCAUAAUAUUGCCUUAAAUGCCCCUCCAAGGUUUCAAGUUUUAUCAGUCAAUGAAUUAAUUCAGUCACUUGGUUGCCCUUCAACCCCAAAGCCUACUUAUUUUGAGUUGGAAAUGGAUUCCUCAUCAUCAUCACAUGAUAAUUAGUGCCAUGUCAGCAGGGUUUUUUUUUUUUUUUUUUUUUUUGAAGUUUUAUUUUAUGUUGUCUGUAUGAUUAUGUAUAAUGUAUAUAUUGUUGUAUAGUAUGAAAUGGUUUUUUUUUUUUUGUUAAAUGUUAGUUGGAAGAAAUAGCAAUGUUACUUUCAUAU